UCCUCAACUACCACUAUCCACAUCCACAAAGCUAACACCUUUUACUUGUGCAAUUGCAAAUCAACGUAUCAUCUACCAUUCCGAAGAUUUAACACAAUAACUCACACUCUUGACUCAUCACUCGUACCUCUCAAAACAUGGACUCCUUUGCCACAAUUUCCAUCCAAGAUAACUCAUCUUACCUCGACGUGGACAUUGAGUCCUCCAUCCCUGUGAAUGAGGACUCGCCAUGGCGUCCUGGCACCUACUGUGUUAUUGCAUAAUUCUAUGCAGAAACAUUCUCCCGCCCUCCAUGAAGUCUGCUAUACCAUCUAUGCGACUCCGCUCCGCGAUACCCUCAUAACUCAACCGUGACUACCACCACAUCCACAUUUUACAUCUCUACUAUCUCAGGUCGACAUAUUUUCUCGAAAUGUAUUCGCAGUGCGAUAAAGCUAUCCUUGU